AUGGCACUCCGUAAGGUGAAGGGAAACUUCGAGCGGAUGUUCGACAAGAAUUUGACGGAUCUGGUGCGCGGGAUUAGGAACAAUAAGGAGAACGAGGCGAAGUACAUCGCGCAAUGUAUCGAAGAGAUCAAGCAGGAGUUGCGGCAAGACAAUGUGGCGGUCAAAGCCAACGCCGUGGCCAAGUUGACAUAUCUCCAGAUGUUGGGAUAUGACAUCAGCUGGGCUGGCUUUAACAUAAUAGAAGUAAUGUCAUCAACGAAGUUCACUCACAAGCGAAUUGGCUAUCUUGCUGCCAGUCAGAGUUUUCAUGCAGAUACAGAGUUAUUGAUGUUAACAACGAAUAUGAUUCGUAAAGAUUUGAAUAGUCAAAAUCAGUAUGAUGCUGGUUUGGCGCUGAGUGGUUUGUCUUGCUUUAUAAGUCCAGAUUUAGCGCGUGAUCUGGUUCAUGACAUAAUGACAUUGUUGACUUCUACAAAGCCAUACUUGCGCAAGAAGGCAGUUUUGAUGAUGUAUAAAGUAUUCCUGAGAUUUCCUGAGGCCUUGAGGCCCGCUUUCCCUAGGUUGAAGGAAAAACUUGAGGAUCCAGACAGUGGUGUUCAAAGUGCAGCGGUGAACGUAGUUUGCGAAUUGGCCAGAAAAAACCCAAAGAAUUACCUGAGUUUAGCGCCAGUUUUCUUUAAGCUGAUGACAACUUCCACGAAUAAUUGGAUGCUUAUCAAAAUUAUCAAAUUGUUUGGAGCAUUGACACCUCUAGAACCUAGGCUUGGCAGAAAGUUAAUAGAACCCCUUACCAAUUUAAUACACAGUACAUCUGCAAUGUCUUUACUAUAUGAAUGUAUUAAUACGGUAAUUGCCGUAUUGAUUUCUAUAUCGUCUGGUAUGCCGAGUCACGCCGAUUCGAUACAGUUGUGUGUUCAAAAGUUGAGAAUAUUAAUAGAGGACUCAGAUCAAAACUUGAAGUAUCUGGGAUUGUUGGCGAUGUCAAAAAUAUUGAGAAAUCAUCCAAAGAGCGUGCAAUCUCACAAAGAUUUAAUUAUGCAAUGUCUUGAUGAUAAAGACGAAACUAUAAGACUGCGUGCCUUGGAUUUGUUGUAUGGAAUGGUUUCCAAGAAAAACCUAAUGGAGAUAGUUAAAAAGUUAAUGGUACACAUGGACAAAGCUGAAGGCACUAUGUAUCGCGAUGAAUUACUCUCAAAGAUCAUUCAAAUUUGCUCACAGAAUAAUUAUCACUUCAUUACCUACUUUGAGUGGUACAUAUCUGUAUUGGUGGAACUUACACGAAUGGAAGGCACCAAACACGGACCAUUAGUAGCAACUCAAUUACUUGAUGUAGCAAUUCGUGUACAAGCUAUUCGAAAAUAUGCGGUUCAACAAUGUGCCUUACUGCUUGAGAAUUCAUAUCUUUUAACUGGCCAGCCAAGGGCAACAAUGUCUGAGGUUUUAUAUGCAGCAGCAUGGAUUUGUGGAGAAUUCUCUAGUGAAUUGGAAAAUCCUUUGGCAACAUUGCAAUCUAUGUUGCGAUCACAAGCUUCUAGUUUGCCAGGACACAUACAGGCUGUUUAUGUUCAUAAUAUAUUAAAACUAGCUGCAACGACAUUUGCUAAAGCAGAAAAAGAGGAAGAUACUGAAACCAUGGAAAAGAUUUCUGAAUUGAAGGACAAAAUAGCAGUUUUUGUCUGUAGUGGCGAUCUGGAAGUUCAGGAAAGGUCAAGUUCCGCAUUAGUGCUACUUGAAUGUUUAAAAGAAAAUCCUGGGCUUGCACAGGAAUUAGUAAAGACUUUUGAAGGUGAACUUAAUCCAGUUGCACCAAAGGCUCAAAGAAAAGUUCCAAUACCUGAGAAUUUGGAUUUAGAUUCCUGGAUCAAUGAUCCACCUUCGGAGAGUUCAGAUUCAGAGGAUUUAGAUAUGAAUGAUAUUUUUAUUAAAUCAGAGAAACCAAAUAAUUCGUUUUCCAAACGGGAUUUAAACGAACCGUCCUUAGAGGAACUUGAAAGGAGGCGCGAAGCAAGAAAACUAGAGCAAGAAAAUAAUCCUCAUUAUCUGAAAGGCUCAUUUAAGACUUCCACAUCAUAUAACAAUUCAUCAGGCGUAUACGAAGACUUUGAAAACAUUCCCGUCACGGAAUUAGACAUCCCAAUCUCUUUAAAGAUUUCUAACUCGCAUAGAUGUCGUGAUUUAGAUAGCAGUCACAAAAGACAUAAGAAGCAUGAAAAGAAGAAGAAAUCGAAAAAAAAUAAAAAUAAAAAAUCUGCGUCGGAGGAAGAUGAAAAAGAAGAUGAUAGUUCACCACUGCAAAUAGUAAAUACUGGAAUUGGGGAAUUACCUCCGGGUGCACAGAUAAGUGAUAGUGAUGAGUACGAUUUAGCAGACACAAAUGAUCCACAUAGAGCUUUAAAUAUUGAUUUAGAUAUGCCUUUACGGGAAGAUGAAAGAUUGCCUGUCUUAGAACACAGAGUUGUUGAAAAUAAAAUAACGAAGAAAGUUGAAGAAAAAGAGAAUAAAAAGGAAAAAGGACAUAGAAAAUCUAAAAGAAAAGUAAAGAAUGUCAUGGAAAACAAGGUAAACAACGAAACAGAAUCUAACUUCUGGUUGGAAACCAAUUCAUCUCCUGAAAAAGUACAGUCCCCUGCUAUAGGAGAAUACAUUGAAGUAUCUAGUGAGUCACAAAAAGAUAGCAAACGCAAGAAGUCGAAGAGUCAAAACAAACACAAGAAAUCCAACGACGAAGACACGAAGCAUAGAAAAUCAAAGAAAUCGAAAAGUAAGAAGGAAAACAAGGCUUUGGAUUAUGAAGAAACAGCUGGAAUAUCUACUCCGUCAAAAGAAAUAUUACCGGAAUUAAAAAAUGAUAUAAAUUCUGAAUAUAAUACAAUUACUGUACAGCAAGAGGAAUACGAAGAAUUAGCAAAAAAUAAAGUCAUUUCCAUGAGGUAUGAGCUGAAACAAAUUCCCUACGAUUCAAGUAAAAUUAUCGUAUCGAUUUGCAUUACAAAUAUAAGUCAGCCGCUUGUAAAAGAAUUAGUCUUUGACGUUCCAGACACAUCGUCACUCAAAUUAGUUAGGAAUCCUGAAGAUGAAUUCGGAAUAAAACUGCCGUUCCAACUGCCUCUGCAAUCUAAUAAAGAAACUGAGUUUACCGUUCAAGUCUCCGAUGUGACAUUUGCUCAGAGAUUGAGGGGUACACUGACAUACAUGUUUGAAAGUACAGAAGGCACGCAACAAGAAAAGCUCGACUUCACCGUGCCCUUGUCGUGCAGCAAGUUCAUGGUUGGACAUCUCUCUCACAAGGACAUACUCACGGAACUUCUCAAAAGUGGUCAAUUAGUAUCUAAGAUUAGAAGAGAAGUGAUAUCUUCUCAGGACUUUGGUGAAAUUCUGAAUAUUAUCUGCCGCAAAUGCAAUCUUACGCUUGUGGAACAAAUUGAUGAUACUGCAUCUUUAUACGGACAUUCUCUGAAGGGACAUCAUGUGUGCCUUUUGAUAAAAUAUAACAGAGCGACAGAAAAGCUAGUAAUUGAAGGUAAAGGUGACAAUAACUCAUUGCUGUCGGGAAUUGGAGAGGAAAUCUUAAGGAUCCUGACAUAAUACUGAUCAAGUGUCUAUUUUGCAAUUAUUAUUUCCUCAUCAUGCAUCGCAAUUAUGUUGAACAUACACUGAGCAAAGGAAUACUUUGUGUCCACUGUACAUAAAGUACAGAUAUAUAGCAGCUAUAGCAUCUGCAAACCCAUUAAAUAUUUUCGGAAAGGAUCUUACCUAAACUUUACGUGUAAUUUAGGUUAUAAAGUUUGUUAAAUAUUUAAGAGAUAUACAUAUACACAUACACACAUAUUAUAUAAAUACAUAUACACAUAUGUACAUUUCUAUAUGUGUAAGAUGAGGUUUCAUAAAGAAACUGCAAGAAGAAAGAAAGGGGAAGAAUUUAUUGCCAAGAAUUGAAGACACUGGAAUAAAAGUAGAUUAUGUUUCUAUAUAGGAUUUAAGUCUGGCAUGGCAUUGACUUGCAAUAAAUACAGAAUUAUUUAAGUUACCCUGUAAGAGUUUAAGAUAAUUAUCCAAUUAUCUUGUUGAAUUACGUAUCUUCCAAAAAGCUUCUGUAAAUUAAUACACUUUCUUAUCUUUACAAUGUUGCAUUUACUACACGACAUGUAAUAAUCGAAAUAGCUUAAUAAUAAAGACUAACUGUUAAGGAACAGUUCUUUGUACAGUACGGAAAUAAAUGUUGCAAUAGAAACGAUUGACUCUACUUUCAUGUUCAAUGCCUUCAAUUUUUGCUCAAAUUGGGAUGAUAAUAUUCCAUCGCUAUUGUUGAGAUCUUUAUUAUUUUGUAAAAUAUAUGAAAUAUUAUAUUCAUUGCGGUGUUGCGUUCGAUCUUUGUAAACAUGGAUUAACUUGGAGCAUAAGUGGUAAGCAUGUUAUAGCAUAUGACGCUUCCGUAAUGUUGAUAAUAAGGCAAGAGAUUAUGUAAAUUUAAAAUUUGAAUCGUGAGAUAAUUCAUAUAUAGAUAUAUAGCGUGAUCACAAGCACAUGAUCCAUGUAUGCAUAGUCGUAUGACGCGAAAGAGUAUGCCCUUAUUUAUUUUGCAAUGGAUUUUGAUUGCAUAAAGUUUUAUAUCCAUUUUUCUUUCUUUUAAUAUCUUUGUCUUCUUUUUUGUUUUGAGAUGCAUAAAGAUUUUUAUAUUUGAACAUGAAUUCUAGAUUUUUACGUUACGUUAAUCUAGUUAUUAAACGUGUGCCAAAAAGAUAUUAGAGCUAUCAAUAUCCAGACUAUCCUUUUAUUCCUAAAGCGACGUUGACUUUUAUAGCUGCACGUUGACCUUUGGAGAUACCUGAGUUGUAUAUUAAUAAUUUUCCUUCGUAGAAACGAAGCUUGCGAUAUACAUCAUGAUAGACGCAAAUAAAUGUCUUUAAUUUUUAAUAUCUCUUUGUAUCUCAUGUGCAUUGCCAUUGCAAAAAAUAGCCGACAUUUUUUUUAAAUACAAUUCACAUGAAAGACGUACGUGCGAACGUGCAUGUUGACCAUGACAUAUUCUAUUACAAAUUACAUGCCGCGAGAUUAAGGUCGGCAUUAUUUUAUUAACCGUACUUAUCCCUCGAAUCUUGCCUUUCGCAGGUGUAAACAACUAUACAAUAAAAUUAUAAUUAGUUUACAA